GGUCAUAUUAUGGUGUAAUGCAAUUAAUAUCAUAGUACGUUAUUAAUGUUAUUGUCGUAAUACAUAGGAGAAGAUGGAGUUGUUGAAGAUGAUCAUUUUAUCGCGCUGCCACAUCCAAAAACAGGUAUAAAAGGCUUCAUAAAAUAUAAAUACUGUAAAAUGUUAUAGUUAUAAUUAUGCAUAUAUGAUUCAUUGGUAUGCCCAUAAUUUGUCUUCACAGGUCACAAUCAGCAGUAUCUGUUCAGGGAAAAUGAUCGGGAGAUUUUUGAAAUUGUAAAAUUUAAUGAAUCUCCAAGAUCCUGGUUUGUUGAUAAUUCUGUAAUACAAGGUAUCAGAAAAUCCAUCACAAUGGUCUUAUAUUACAUUUUCCUGGAAAUUCAAGACGAAUUUCUCUUUAAGUAAACGAGUCCAUAAAAUACACUGUACUUUAUGAAAUUGUUUUAUUUACCAUAAAAUGUGUUUGCAAAAAUCUUCUAUAAUACAUAAUACUCGUGUAUAGUUAAAUAUGUAUUUUUGUGUACAAAAUAUUAUGGUAAUAUAAUGUUUUCAGAUUUAUACAGUAGCAAUUUGGCCCACAAGAAAAUUGUCAUAUACAGUACAUGAAUGUUUCUCUGGAGACUAGUUCAUCUUCCCAUUAGAAACGUCUUGCUACAUAGCUGACAGCUUUCAACAUUUUUUAUAUAUUUUAUAUAUAUAUAGUAUAUAUUAACCCUGUAAAACUACUGUAAAAGUCUAACAUUUUCCGAAGACUCUUUUUACGAUAUAUGAUUGGAAGUGAGAAAGUUCCAUAAAAAUUACUUUUAAUGACCAUAAUUUGCAUUUACUGAUAGACCGUAUGUAUAAGGUGUAGUAUCCUUGUUAUAGUGAGAGCUUAUAUAACUGUAUAAGUGCAGGGAAACAAAUAGAAACUUUAAAAUACUGUCGUACCUGCGAAUUACGCAUAAGGUCCAUGUUUUACCCUAAUUCGCAAUAGCAAGUGUGGAACUUGUAACAUGAAUUUAGGAACCUUGAACAGGAAGUCCAGGAAGUGAGGAACAAUUAUUGGCUUAGGAACAUUGCAAAUUCCCUCAAGGGAUUGACAUGCAGCAAACACACAAACAGUAUUGCAGUAUCUUUAAGUGUACAGAACAAAUAGGCCAUUGUUUUUUAUUAGCCCCCUUUAGAUUAGGCAUCGCCUUUAGAUUGAUGGGCAUUAGAUUGCUUCUUUCUAAACCCAAACGACCCAGUGAACCACUAGAUACGUUUUUAUAUUGUACUAUGUCAAGUUGUUUUAUAUUACUCCGCCGAUCAGUGUUUUACUCUGCCAAGAUGAUGAAGACCUUUGGACAAACUAUCGAAGUUUUCUACGAUGAUUCACAAAAACUUCCCCCCCCCCCCACCCCAACUUUCAAAUGACGUUUCUCAUCGGCAUGACGACCCGCACGCCUAUAAAUUGAAUUAUCUUGAAGGUGUUAGUUACCACAGCAUUAUUAGUCGAGGUGGUAAGAGUGGUGACAUGUAUAAUGAAUUUAUAGUGAAAUAAUUUAUGCGUGCAUGAAAUUUAACCCCAUAGAUAUGAUGUAGCAAAUAACUAACUGAGCUAACAUACAAACCAGGUUGUCAUCACCAACUCAUAAUAAUGUUAGCAGACAAUGCCGCGCAACGUUCAAAUUGCGCCAAAAUUUGGUCUGAAGAAGAGUGCAUUCUGCUUGACAAUCGUGUGUAUGGAUUCAGGAUGGAGAUCAAGAUCGAACAAACUGGCAAUAUUUUGAUGGCUGCUUAUUAAAGAAUAAAGAUUAAAGAUUAAUGCGAAGUAUUUUCAAUCAGUAAGGUUAGGUAAUAGUCAAAAGGCUAUAACCUAUAGGUAUUGCAGCACGCAAUCAGUUAUUAUUUCUUUAGUAUACAGUAUGCUAGAUACCACGUCUUUCAAGCAGGGCUAUCACAACCGCGAGUUGAUUGUACUAUAUUCGUUAUUUAAUAUACUCAUUUCUGUAUUUUGAUACAAGGUAGCACAAGACAAAUAAUAUUAAUUUACAUAUAUAUAACGGGUGGCGCAAAAAAAGUUCAGGCGUUUGAUCUACAAUAGCGAAAAAACUAUAAGAGCUAUACAUCGCUCAAAUAAAUGUAGCUGUAUUCAUAAAAGGCUAACUUAAAUUUUGAUAGGUUAUACAUGAGAUAUCACGAAAUAUUGACUGAGAUAUCAGCGUUUAAAUUAAACUUCCGUAAGCAUUUUCAAAAGAAUCGAAAAUUAGUCUAAAAUGGCCCAUUGAACUAAAUUUGAUAUCAUUCUCAUUAGACAUUACGCUGGGCAUCGCCAGAUUAUUUCCCGGGCGGGCUAGUGAUGAGUAAACGCGGAGAUGAGCCGUACCCCUGGCUUUCAGAUUUGACAAAAUCCCAUUUUUUUGUGGCUAUACCUAUAGAGUAUAGUUGAAAUAUCAAAUUUGGAGUAUGCCACAUCGACAGCGCUAGGUUUUGGAAUAAUAUCUAGAAUACUUUUAGUGAAAACUCUUGUGUCAGAAAGAUGUCCCAUCUUUUGCUGACAGGUUAUGAAGAUGUCCCAUCUUUUCUUAACCAGUGGAAGCUUAAAAGGAGACUAUAAUAUUAUUCUUUUCACCACGCUAAGUUAGAGUAAAGCGGGGCAUGCAGCGAUAGCGCUAUAGCUUUUGGAAUAAUAUCCAGUAUACUUUUAGUAAAAAACUCUUGUGUCAGAAAGAUGUCCCAUCUUUUGCUGACAGGUUAUGAAGAUGUCCCAUCUUUUCUUAACCAGUGGAAGCUUAAAAGGAGUCUUAUUUUAUUAUUUACAAGGCGCUAAGUCAGCGUAAGGCGGUGCAGCUAGUGCUAUAGGUUUUUGGAAUAAUAUCUAGAAUACUUUUAGUGAAAACUCUUGUGUCAGAAAGAUGUCCCAUCUUUUGCUGACAGGUUAUGAAGAUGUCCCAUCUUUUCUUAACCAGUGGAAGCUUAAAAGGAGUCUUAUAUUAUUCUUUACAUCACGCUAAGUUAGAGUAAGGCGGUGCAGCUUGCGCUAUAGGUUUUGGAAUAAUAUCUAGAAUACUUUUAGUGAAAACUCUUGUGUCAGAAAGAUGUCCCAUCUUUUGCUGACAGGUUAUGAAGAUGUCCCAUCUUUUCUUAACCAGUGGAAGCUUAAAGGGAGUCUUAUAUUAUUCUUUACAUCAGGCUAAGUUAGAGUAAGGCGAUGCAGCUUGCGCUAUAUGUUUUGGAAUAAUAUCUAGAAUACUUUUAGUGAAAACUCUUGUGUCAGAAAGAUGCCCCAUCUUUUGCUGACAGGUUAUGAAGAUGUCCCAUCUUUUCUUAACCAGUGGAAGCUUAAAAGGAGUCUUAUAUUAUUCUUUACAUCACGUUAAGUUAGAGUAAGGCGAUGCAGCUUGUGCUAUAGGUUUUGGAAUAAUAUCUAGAAUACUUUUAGUAAAAACUCUUGUGUCAGAAAGAUGUCCCAUCUUUUGCUGACAGGUUAUGAAGAUGUCCCAUCUUUUCUUAACCAGUGGAAGCUUAAAAGGAGUCUUAUAUUAUUCUUUACAUCAGGCUAAGUUAGAGUAAAGCGGUGUAGCUUGCGCUAUAGGUUUUGGAAUAAUAUCUAGAAUACUUUUAGUGAAAACUCUUGUGUCAGAAAGAUGUCCCAUCUUUUGCUGACAGGUUAUGAAGAUGUCCCAUCUUUUCUUAACCAGUGGAAGCUUAAAAGGAGUCUUAUAUUAUUCUUUACAUCAGGCUAAGUUAGAGUAAGGCGAUGCAGCUUGCGCUAUAGGUUUUGGAAUAAUAUCUAGAAUACUUUUAGUGAAAACUCUUGUGUCAGAAAGAUGUCCCAUCUUUUGCUGACAAGUAAUGAAGAUGUCCCAUCUUUUCUUAACCAGUGGAAGCUUAAAAGGAGUCUUAUAUUGUUCUUUACCUCACAACGCAGGCGCGGGCGUAGAUUCCGUAGAUUAGCUAAGACAAUGGUGUCAAUGCAGCUAUUGUUUUUGGAAUAAUAUAUACAUUUGAUAUAUACGUUAGUGAAAACGUUUGUACCAGAUUCAUGUGCGCACUAGGGCCUAUAGGGAAAGGCUGUAUAAUUAUAUAACUUUAUAAGUCAGUUUCUUUAUUAUUUAGCCAUAGAAAACUUACGCCUUCGAAGCCGGACUUUUUAUACUGCCAAGAUCUAAAACGGUAAAUAUGUUCCGCGGUCUUGACAUGGAAUUAUCGUGCUAUUCUCUAAGAUACCAAGAACGUUUUGUUUUACAACACACAAGUCUUAAUAUUACAUAUUAUACGCAGCCUUAUUACACAUUGUACGCUAUAUAGUAUAGCCUGGCCCUAGGUGACUUGUCAACAGUCAGCAUUGUGACAUAUUUGUACACUUUUAUUUUAAUGCAUAACAGAAAAUUAACUUAUUACUUGCUUGGUUUCACACUGCGUCUAAGCAACUGAACCUGGAUUGAUGACAUCUUAUAGCGGUAAUUAAUAAUGCGAUUAGCGUUGCUCGCUUCCUGAAGUUGCAAACUCAGUUUGCAGAUCCCGCUGUUUUUCAAAACGUGCGGGUCGUCAUGACACCGAUAUGUGACAAAUGUAUCCUUCAUAAAUAGAAAAGUGCCCCAAAAAGAAUGAAGCCGUUCUAUGCACAGCAACAAUUUAUGCCCAAUACACGAACGAAGUGCCCUGUUUGUUGUGGGUAUAAUUACAAAAUAUAAGUUCUGAGAGAUCUGAUUAACCAUUAGUGAUAAAUGGGGAUAAAACGUUUUAUAUUCAAAUCUGUAGAUGGAAGUCUACAUUUCGCAACAAGAAUUGAUCCUUUAUUUAUGGUUCUUCCUUUCCUUAAAAAUACUUCAACCAAGGUCAGUAAUUGUAGAAUUUGAAAAUGUACAUAUGUAUAAAUAUAUCCAACAAAAUGACUUUAUAAAUACACUUGUUGUCUGUUGAAUUGCGAAAUUUAUGAGCCAAAGUCAUUCAUGCAAGUCAGAAAUUUCGCGUUACAACUGAUGAACUGAAUAUAUCGAAAACAGUCUUAUGAACUUCAAAAUAAUUGGUCAUGCUUAUUUGGUUAGGUCCAUAAUUCUUACAUGUCUUCCCCUUUACUUUCGAUCCGUAUCUUUCAAGUUCAUGAGUACAGGUACGUACGUAGUUUUACAGUGACUUUUUAAUUUUUAUAGUUUAUGACUUUGGAUCAUAUAUUACAAGAUUCCAACAAUGAACACCUUGCUAAACUAUCUCACUGUAUAACUAACGAAGAUUUGGCUCUAGUUACUGAAGUGAAGGGAGAAGAUGAUCUUGUUGCUCUCAAACUUAACCAUGACAAAGUUAUUUCUUGGUUGGAAAAAAAGGUUAAUAGGUUUUUUUAGUUUUGCAUGGUGCGUCAUGAGUCUACGAGACAGGGAGCAAGGGGGCAAUUUAAAAAACCAAGAAAAUUUGGGUUCAUGUUGGGAAAAAUUCAGGCAAACUUAUCACAAAAUAUGUUAAAUUUGGGUUAUUUUAUUACGAUCCUUGAUGAAACCAAUUCUUCAUGAAGGGCGUAACUCCAGAUGCACAAUGGUUACUAAAGGGGCGUAGGUUUGUUCGCGAACAGGAUGAUUUCUAAUGUGGGCAUUAAAUCAGAAGAUUAACAACGAAACUGGUUUAUGCAAUCUUUAAAACUGAUUUUUUAAUUAUUUUUUUAUUUACUGAUUCGCCCAAGAUAUUGAAAUUACGCAUAAAAGAAACAAACUAUUUACAAGAGAUGGGCUAGGAGCCUACUAGAAACCAUAUGGCUUUUGUUUUAGGCCCCUAGGUUAUAAAUUUAAACUAAUUAGCAAAAUAAUAUGCAGCAUCAGUUCGAGUGCUUUUAGGAGAAAGGAAAAAUAAUAGUUAAAUAUUAUAUGAUAUGAUAGUGGGCUAUAUUUACAAUUCAAUUUUCGAUUUAUAGUUUUCCUAUACUUUGUGCUUUUCGAAGACAUACUGUAUCGUCUAUACUUCUCUUUCAACACACUUGCUUCAACCAGAGAAAUUUCCCAAAUAAGUUUUCCUAUACUUACAGGAAUAUAUUAUUCUUUAAAUUUAGAUCUGAGAAGUACUUAGUUUAUCUGAUUUGUUUAUUUUCACAAAAUCUUUUUUGGAUUGACUGAAAUUUAGAUUUUUGUAAGUUUCGAAAUCAAUACGAAAUCAAGAGCUUCAGGACUUAUUUUUUAUUCAGGACACUAAAAUUACUUCGUCCUUUUGAAAACCCCCGUUCAGUUGGAGAAGUGUUCUGAACACGUUCUGACUCAUGUGUGACACUAAGUACAAGUAUUUGUCGGAAUAUUUAUUAUUCUGUAUUUCUUGACGCUGUUACCUAGUGUUGGCGACAAUUUUACUUCGUUGACAGAGUUUUAUUUAUAUUUCGUAUCCAUAACUUGUUUUUAAGGUAAUUCCGCAGUUUUGCAUUGGGCACUUUUACUGCACACAUCUUAUAACUUAUAAUUUCAUCCAUUAUACGUACCGUUUAAAAAAACCAUUUUAUGACAAUUUUAUGUUACUUCAAAACAUCUUUGGUUACAUUCGUGCAAAGAAUUACGUUAAAAUCAAUGUUUUCAAUAAAGGCAUACAAAAGUGUAGCUAGGGUUCCUGUGUCUGUAGUGUAUUUAUUUACUUGUGUUUCACGUUUUAAUGCCACAAUUCCCAAAAAAGAUCGGUGACCCCCGUUUUUUAACUGAUAAUUUAUUUCUUUAAUGCAUUAAUAAAAACGUCAAUAAAUAUCGGGCUGUUGUGAUUUUGCUGUUACUCGUAAUGAGCGUCAAGAUGGCGCCAUAUUGGGGUAAUUGUGGUAUAUUGUGCUUGUCAUAUCUUCUUAACGAGUUCGGUGACCCCGACUUUUUUGUGUGAUUUUACUUUAAGUAUAUCAUAAACUCCAUGCCUGGGAAGUUUCAGCACAUUCUCAUUUCGGGAACAAUUACUGCGGAAUUACCUUUAAGAACAUGUUUUAUCAGUUACAGAAAAUCAUGUUGUCAGUUGCAGAAAGUUUGAUAAUCAAUAUUGUAGGUGCAUCAAACGAAAGAUCAGUUGGAACAAGACAAUAUAUGUACAUCUGGUGCUCAAUCAUCGACAUUUGUCAGAAGUAGUAAGUCACGUGGCAACACUCAAGGUACACCGUACAGUACUGCAUAUGAAAUAUAUGGUAACUUAUCCUAAUUUCAACCUUGCAGGCAUGUUGCGGGCAGGCAAAACUCAUGAGGUUUUUGCAGAGAAGGCUACCGCCCAACCUCGUACCCAGGGUCUUUCCUCUUGUGGAAAAAAGACCCUGGUAGAUGCUGGUCACGUGAUCUGCUAAAAUUUGGCAGAUUUUUAAUUAGCAAUCCAAGAUGAGGCCAAUAAGUAUUUGAUAUUUGGAUAAUUUUUAUAGUUUAAUUUAUAAUUGGCUUUUUGUAUGAUUGUCGUUCAGUAAAGGAAUCCAAUAUAGUUAAUUAGAAAUCUGCUAGAUUUUAGCAGAUCACGUGACCAGCAUCUACCAGGAUCUUUUUUCCACAAGAGGAAAGACCCGAGGUUGACUACCGCCUACGUCAGAAAUAACACCCCCUAUUUUUUUAAAAUUCAGUAUAGAUACAUUGUACUACAUGAAUAACAAGAGCAUAAUAUAAAUACACUAGGCGAACAAACAAAAGGACACGAGGUCCCCUACGGCACAUACAAGGUCAUUGCAACUCAAAACAAUCAAUCAAACAAGCACUCAAACUCGGCGGGUGGAUUAAAUUGCAAAUAUAAUCUGCCAGUUUUGUAUAUUCUACAUUCGGAGAUUUUCCUGCGAGGUAGCCUUUCAUGUGAUGAUCAUACAGUAGUUGCGUGAAAAUUAACGACACCGUGCAGAGCUUUCGGAUAGCAUGGUGCAGCAAAAUGUACACCCGCAAAAUACGUAUGUACUGGCAUGUUUUGUGUCAUUGUACUUGUAGAGUAUGCUUUAAACAAGUCAGAAGACAGGGUAAUGAGAAAUACGUGUCUCUCGAAGUGUACAAUCAUUAAGAGUACCAACAAUCUGGCUGCUUAAUAAAUAAGUAUUUUGUUUUCGAAGACGAUUAUUUACGAUAUGCCUAUGGUUUGGUAUCUGAUUAUAUUUCCGACUAUUGGAGUCAGAAACUGAAAGAUUGUUUAGGGUAAGUCAUUGAAAAAUGUUGAAGCCAUGAAUAUUCCUGUAGGACUGCUACUGCAUUUUAUUUAAAUUCCGUGCUGCAGUCAGUUCAAUGUAAUAUUUUUGUAGAAUAACCGAUGAAAUUUUGGAAUCAUCUGGAGAAGAGCCCGCGUGCAAGGUUAGUACUAGACAGCGGUUCAGGCUAGGUAAGUCCAGCACAGUGAAAUCUAUGUAAACUGGAAUGAUAACUCAGAGGGGGGGGGGAUUGAAACCAGCGCAUUUCAGUUUUUCUGAGUUUUGAGCAGAAAUAAUUAACACUGAACGUUGUGCUGUAUAUGAAACUGAAGCAAUUUGAAAACGCGACUUGGUGUAGAAAUUUCAAGACUUUGGCUAAAAGGGAAAUAUUUAAAAACUAAAAAAUAAUUUGCUAUUAUUUGGCCGAAUGUUAGUUGUUUUUGUAUUUUUAAAAUAUUGUUAUUUUCGCUGAAGUCUUGAAAUUUCCACAUCGAAUAGCAAUUUUCAAUAGCUUCAGUUUGAUAUACAUACAAUAGCCCAACGUUUGGGGUCAAGUGUUUGGCUUCAGCGAAUCAUAGGCUUUAUCAUAGUUAUCGUUCCAGUUUCACUGGUCCAGAACCACUUGUUCCAGCAUAUUAUAUAAUUAUAACUUGAUGUACUGUAAAAUGAAAGCCUUUAAGUACUGUUUAAUAAACGAGCAGGAGUGUUUUAUUAGGUUUAAAGCCACGAGCGCGCAGCGCGAGUGGCUUUAGACCUAAUAAAACACGACCUGCGAGUUUAUUAAACGGCUUCAAACACGACUACAAAUUCAAUAGAUAUACUGCUUUAUUAGUAUUCUUUAUAUAAAGAAUACUAAUGAGGACACGACUGCAAUAGAUACUGCCUUGUUAGUAUUCUUUAUAUAAAGAAUACUAAUUAGGAGUGUUUUAUCAGGUUUAAAGCCACUGCACGUGACAUAUUAUGGUUAACAUGAUUUGCCAAUCAGCUUAUGAAUUAUUAAUGAGUGUUUGAAUGUUGUAUAAUGAUCUCGCUAUAAUAUUACAUGCACUUAUGCAAAUACAGUAUUAAUUUGUAAUAAAAAUUAUUAAAUUCAGUUUUUGCAAAUGUAAUAAUUGUUAUUAGUAUAAUUACAUAGGUGAUUAUUGAAAAUUCUCCACGCUGAUUGGUUGCCGUUGAGGUGAUUAUUACGCGAUAAUCACCUAAGCGAUUUUCAAAAUGGCGGCCGAAGCCUUUUUGUCAAUUAAAUGACGAAGAAAUGUGUAUUUUCUUAUUUUUUUCCAAAUAAUCACCUAUGAAAUUAUACUAAAACAAUUAUUUACCUCAGGCUCGGUAAUUAUCGUGAAUAAAAACCUCGACUUCGUCUCGGUUUUUAUUCACCGAUAAUCACCUCGUCUUCGGCGAAUAAUUGUUAAAUAACAUUUACAUGAGUGCAUGUAAUAUUACAGUUUGGGAGAUCAUUUGCUAUCUCUCAUCUCUUCUCAGUGUUAAAAGCCUUUCGAUUAAUCCGUAGCUCUUUUAAUUUCAAUUUCACCUUCAUAUGACUAUUAGUAUUGCCAAAUCUGUGUGUAGUGGUUUUAGUCACAUGAGAAACUUAUUCCCAGCUUGACUUCACAAACACCAUACACAAUCACCAGAAAGUGGUCAGACAGGUCAGUGUAGUUUCAGUGAGUGAUAUCAUCGUUUGUUUUGUUUUGUUUAGAAAGUGAAAUUAGAUGAAAGUUUGGUUGGCCAGCCAGAUGAAGAUUAUUCUAAAUUUGCUACUAAAACAAAAAAAACUGAUCAGGUAUAAAUAAACACAUGUUAAAAAUAUUUGAAGUAGAAAAUCCUGUUACAAUAGCCACGUAUCCACAAUGAGGCUGAGGUUACCUUGGUUCCACUUUCGUUUAAAACUUUUAUACAUUUUCAUCCCCGAGCCAACGGCGGUACUAUAUUUAUACCCGGGGAAAGGAAAACUUUAGCGAAGUCUAAAGUUCAUCAAUAAUCGCGGUCGCGUGGCUAUGAUACAAGGUUUCAUGGGUGGGCUCCUCACUGAGAGAGUUGUUUAUUGGAUAAAGAUCACAAAGUCGAGUUUGUUUUUAGUAAUCUAACGAAAGUACAGCUCUCAUAAUAGCAACUUUUAGAAGACAAAAUUUGUCUAAAGAUAAUAACCUGUAAAAAAAUGGAGAGGUUCAGAACUUCAGAUUAGACGAAUUCACUAAUGAAAUUAUAUAUGAAUAGUGAAGCACGUACUAUUCGCUGCUCUUUUGUGCAAAUUUCGUUUUAGGUAGGGUCGGAUGGUUUAUUAUAGCGUAUCCGAAAUUGCCGAAUAAAUCAAAAUGUAUCAACGUUUUUCGGUUGUUUAAUUACAUUUUUCCUUUCUCUAGCACAAUGUUAAACUCACAGCAGCUCAGAAAUCCCUGGCAAAAGUCAACACAAAAGGAAUGAAAAGUAUAUCAAGUUUCUUUGGAGCUCCAAAAAAAUCCAAGAAAUAACAUUUGAAAUGAACUACAUGCAUGUAGUGUAUGUUACUAUGUACAGUACAUUAAAGUAGAUACAUCAUAUGGAGCGCAGACUCAAGUUUUGUGCGGUAUAUUUAAAUUGUUUGGAGUACACGUUGCGAAUAUAAAAGCAUUAAAUUAAGAAGGAAAACUGGAUGUACUGUUUAAUAAACGAGCAGGAGUGUUUUAUCAGGUUUAAAGCCACGAGCGCGCAGCGCGAGUGGCUUUAGACCUAAUAAAACACGACCUGCGAGUUUAUUAAGCUCGCGUGCAAGGUUAGUACUAGACAGCGGUUCAGGCUAGGUAAGUCCAGCACAGUGAAAUCUAUGUAAACUGGAAUGAUAACUCAGAGGGGGGGGGGAUUGAAACCAGCGCAUUUCAGUUUUUCUGAGUUUUGAGCAGAAAUAAUUAACACUGAACGUUGUGCUGUAUAUGAAACUGAAGCAAUUUGAAAACGCGACUUGGUGUAGAAAUUUCAAGACUUUGGCUAAAAGGGAAAUAUUUAAAAACUAAAAAAUAAUUUGCUAUUAUUUGGCCGAAUGUUAGUUGUUUUUGUAUUUUUAAAAUAUUGUUAUUUUCGCUGAAGUCUUGAAAUUUCCACAUCGAAUAGCAAUUUUCAAUAGCUUCAGUUUGAUAUACAUACAAUAGCCCAACGUUUGGGGUCAAGUGUUUGGCUUCAGCGAAUCAUAGGCUUUAUCAUAGUUAUCGUUCCAGUUUCACUGGUCCAGAACCACUUGUUCCAGCAUAUUAUAUAAUUAUAACUUGAUGUACUGUAAAAUGAAAGCCUUUAAGUACUGUUUAAUAAACGAGCAGGAGUGUUUUAUUAGGUUUAAAGCCACGAGCGCGCAGCGCGAGUGGCUUUAGACCUAAUAAAACACGACCUGCGAGUUUAUUAAACGGCUUCAAACACGACUACAAAUUCAAUAGAUUUACUGCCUUAUUAGUAUUCUUUAUAUAAAAAAAUACUAAUGAGGACACGACUACAAUAGAUACUGCCUUAUUAGUAUUCUUUAUAUAAAGAAUACUAAUUAGGAGUGUUUUAUCAGGUUUAAAGCCACUGCACGUGACAUAUUAUGGUUGACAUGAUUUGCCAAUAAGCUUAUGAAUUAUUAAUGAGUGUUUGAAAUAACAAUCACUUACACCAUAGCUAUGUGUUCUGAACCACUAAUGAACCAAUAAUGGCAGUAACAGUAGAAUCAACAAAGGAGAGUUGGUUAGAGUGAUCUUAAAUUCACGACGUUUAUUCCAUAAAUUUAAGAUAAUAAUUUUAUGUAUCCUUGCGAAUGGAAACAUAAACUGACAGUUGCGAGUGCACAUCCAACUGCGACGCGAUAAUGUUUUGGUGUAAUUUAUAUAAAACUAGGUUACCCACAGGGCAGUAAUGCUGCCUUUGACAGCAAAAGACAAACUACAAGGUGUUGAACGAGUCCUUCAGAAACAUCCUAUUAUUGUUAUCCUGUCCUUUCUCUGAUAGCCGCUACGCAGGCUAUUGUUAUCCUUGUUAACCCAUUUAUUGACAGCACGGCCCUACCACUGACUGAGUAUUAAAAAUCGUCUGGCGUUGGACAGGGUAAAUACUAAAGUCAUUACUGUGCUGAUGGAUUAACAAGAGCCAUUGGCAGAUAGGUUUGUUAACCCAUUUACUGGCAGUACCCUGUACCACUGACGAGUAAAAUUUUCUGGCGCUGGACAAGGGACUGGCGCAUUGCCAGCUAAUGGGUUAAACCACCGUGGUUAAACAUAAGAUUUGAUGCUCCAGGAAAUGUAAACAAACUAUCAGUGUGACAUCCCAGUUUAUAUAUUUAUAUACUCGGAAUAUUGAUUUCUCGGUAAAUACAAAAUUAUUUUAAAGUAUAACAACCAGCGAAGACGUAAGCCACCAACUACCCUGCGCGACUGCGCGCAGACUAUAUAAUGACAUAUAUAUGUUAUCCGUCUGGUCCGUCCGUCGCCAUCCGUCCGUCCGUUCGUAUCCGCGUUUUAUCCUAACUCGUUUUUAAAACACAAAAGUGCGGUUCGUCAUGAUCAACAUUUUCCAAAGCGGCCAAUUAGACCAGGGGUUAAAGGGCAAUGACAAUGACAUGCAGGUGACUACUGAUACUAACUACAUGAUACUAACUACAUGAUACUAACUUAACGGCAGUAGGCAGAACAAUUAGUGAGGCGGAAGAGAGGGCGAGCGUAGACAUGAGGAAUGUUCAGAAAUGGCUUUGUGCAAAUAAACUAAGUCUAAAUAUAGUGAAAACCGAGUAUGUUUUAAUUGGAACACGACAUAAAAUAAGUAAUAUUGAUACCCAUCAAGGAGUUAAAAUAAAUAAUCAAUUGAUUAAAAAAGUUAAAAAUACCAAAGCUCUUGGAGUUGAAUUAGACGAAAACUUGAGUUGGGAAAAACACAUUAACCAUAUUAGCAGUAAAAUAUCAUCAGGUAUUGGGGCUAUUAGAAAAAUGAGGGAGUAUGUCGAACAAGACAUUUUGAUAAAAGUUUAUAAUGCCUUAAUCCAACCUUAUUUUGAUUAUUGCUGUGAAGUAUGGGAUACACUUAAUAAAGGCCUAAGCGAACGUCUACAGAAAUUCCAAAACAGAGCGGCUAGGUUGAUCAUGAACUUAAAAAAUGAACAUGGUCAGUCUAUUUUGGCACGAAAAUCUCUAGGCUGGGUAACACUUGAAGAGCGUAGGGCACAAAUGAAAGCCAGGCUCAUGUACAAGACAGUUAAUGGUUUAGCCCCCCAACGACUAUGCGAAGCUUUCCAAAAUCUGAAUACCAUUCAUGACCAUAAUUUGAGAGGUUCUUCAACAAGGUUUUAUAUUCCAAGACCAAAAACGGAAUCCUUAAAAAAAAGCUUCCAAUAUAGUGGGGCUAAACUAUGGAAUCAGAUACCUGAAGAGAUACGCAAUUCGGUAUCGUAUAAUUCGUUCUGUAAAAAGCUAUCUUCCUCGACCUUAAUCUCGACUUAAAGUAGUAGUAGUUAAUUUUUGUCUAAAUAGGUAUAUAAUUGUAUUUGUUAUGUAUGUAAUAUUAGAGCUAGUAUAUAAAUAAUAAUUUGUAAGUACACAUCCCUUUUGGAAAUCAGCUUUUGCUGAAAAGGCCAAUGUGUUUAAAUAAAGUUGAUCUAUCUAUCUAUCUAUCUAUUGCGUCUCACUAAUUAAAAUUUGCGUGUUUAUUAAUUAAUGUUUAUCAAAGAAAGCAAAAAUAUAUACAAGACAAUCUCACAUGUGAAAUUUUUUCACUUACGUACUGCCUUGUGAUGCAGUACAAGUAUAAACACCAAAUGACAAAUUAAAUCAUACGGCACAUUCAAGAUUUUAAUAUCGUAUUUCAGCCGCGCGUUUAUACUGCUUGGCGCUGCGUUAUAUAGAGAAUAAUACAUGGUGCGCGGGAAUACCAGAUUUAUUUCGAGUGUUGAACAUGAUAUCUCACGAGUGAGCGCAGCGAACGAGUGAGAUAUCAUGUUCAACACGAGAUAUAAAUCUGGUAUUUCCAAGCACCCAUGUAUUUUUCUGUUUAUUAUAUAAACAAAAUUCAGUGAAAAACAAUAAAACGUCCGUGGCAAUGCGUUUUACAACAAAUGAUAUUUUCACACGUAAAAAUAUCGUAUUUUUUACGUGUGUUUAAAUACGAUUUUUCUCAGUGGCCAAAAACUCUAUAUAACACUUAUGUUUAUAUAAUAAAUUAAUUUACUACACAGAAAAGCAUGUCAUUGUCUUUGCGGACCAUAGGCAAAAAGCAUUCGUCAACCACAUACCAAAUUUAUGCAAUCGUUAACUCAUAUACAUGUCAUGGAAAGAAUAUGAAAAUAAUUUUGAAUGAAAGCUAGCAUCGCGUAUAAUGUUAAAAGCACCGCAUAUAGCGCUCGAACCACUGCGUAUAAUUGCAAACGCACCGCGUAUAUAAAUGGUGAAAGCACCGCGUAUAAUGCUGGAACCACAGCGUAUAAUGCGGGAACCACCGCGUAUAAUGGCGAAAGCACCGUGUAUAAUGCCGAAAGCACCGCCAUAUAAUGCUAAAAGCACCCAACAAAAUGCCGUUUGAUCACUUUAAGCCAGCUAUGGCUUUCCAUAAAAGAAGACCAAAGAUGAAAGAUGAUCACAUUGCCUGUUUGCCUUAUGCUUGACCGCGCUGCACCACGGUUAAAAUUCACUGGUACCGUCAUGCAAUGCGCCAAAUAGAAAAUUUUGAUAUCGACCCACAAAACAAAAUUAGGAUCUGCUGCCUUGCUCGCUCGCUUCAGGCUCGCUCGCUGCGGCAGCAAUGAACCCUAGACAGAAUGAUCUUUGAUAUGCAAAGC